GCUGCUGUUUUGGAAACUCCCCUAGAGGGGGAGUCCCCUCUGCUGGCCAGACUCCCUAUAAAGGGCCAGCCUGAGCUGCAGAGAAUCCCUGCAGAGGAUCCUGAGACAGCAGGUGGACCUCCCACAGCCUCGGCCCACAGCUACCAUGAAGGUCUCGGCCGCUGCCCUCGCUGUCAUCGUCACCGUGGCUGCCCUCUGCGCUCCUGCAUCUGCCUCCCCAUUUGCCUCGGACACCACACCCUGCUGCUUUGGCUACCUCUCCCGCCCGCUGCCCCGCGCCCACCUCCAGGAGUAUUUCUACACCAGCAGCAAGUGCUCCAUGGCAGCAGUCGUCUUUAUCACCAGAAAGAACCGCCAGGUGUGCGCCAACCCAGAGAAGAAAUGGGUGCGGGAGUACAUCAACGCUUUGGAGCUGAGCUAGGAUGGAGGACACCUUCAACCUGAACUUGUGCAACUUUGCUUCUUGCUCUUGUCCUAACUAGCUUGGGAGGCUUUCCCCCAGUGCCCUCCUCCCGCCCCGUCCCUGGAGGGCACAGAUUCCACCACACGCAGCAGCUGCUGUAAAGCCUCCCGGGGCUGCCUUGUGCACAGGAGGUCUCUAGGCUCUGAGCUUUAGGGCCCUCCCCCGGCCACCGCUCUGCAGUCAGGAAGGAUGUCAGCGCCUCUGGAGGCAAAGGGGGGAGGGAGACUGGGCUCCUAUGGUCAUGCCCUGUGGCCAGAGGGCCCAUCUCGGCCCCUCCCUGGGAAGGGCUGACUGGCAAUAUGAGAAAUCAGCUUUUCAUUAAAAUUCUCAAUGC